AACAGAAGAAGAACAACAAGAACAACAGACUCAGUCGCCAUUUUACCGUUGUCCGGUUGCUUUCAGUCUGUUUUUCUGAUUAUUUCAUAUUUAAAUCAAAAUAAAAGCAGUUUGAGUCGUAGCGUGACCUGAGCGCGAGGUAGGAGCACGUGACAGCGUCUGUGAUGGCGGCCGACCGGCGCGAGGACAAAGACGGAGAGCUGAAUGUUCUGGAAGAUAUUCUGACUGAAGCUCCGGAUCAGGAUGACGAGCUGUACAACCCUGAGACGGAACGAGCCGUCAGCGACAAGAAAGGAACCAAGAGGAAGAGCGAGCGUUCUGACAGCCGCGAUCUGAAGAGGCUCCGCCCCUCUCGCUCCUCCUCCAAUAAGAGAGGCCCGCCCCUCUCCUCCUCCUCUAAGAAGGUGGCGUCCAGCCCGCGCGCCCGCCACGCCGCCGCCAGCUACCGCCACGAAUACUAUGAGGAGCGAAAAGGGCGGCGAGGGGCCCGAGAGGUGACCAGGAGCCGUGCAGGAGAGGACGCUCGCCGCAGAGAAGCCCAGAGAGGCCUGGAGGCUCUGAGCCAGAAGUUGCGGCGUGCGAGUCCCUCCCCCCAGGAGGAGGACAACCAAUCAGAGGGAGAGGCAGCAGAGUACGGCUCGGAGCCGGGUACAGGAAGCUCCUCCCCCAGCGCGUCCCACGCAGAGGAAGAGGAAGAGGAGGACCACGAGGAAGAGGAGGAGGAGGAAGAGGAGGGCAUGGAGGAAGAGGAGGAGGAGGAAGAGGAGGAGGAAGGGGAGAAGGAGGAGGAGGAGGAGGAGUACGAGCGUCGUGGAGGCGCCGAGGGAAACGACUACGACACUCGCAGCGAGGCCGGCGACUCUCGCUCCGCCUCCUCCGUCAGCUUCUCUGACGACGGCGAGUCAGUGCACUCAGGCUCCGCCUCCGAGGCCUCAGGUUCAGAGAAGAAGCAGGAGAAGCUGUCAUCAUCAGUCCGAGCCGUUCGCAAAGGGAUGGAGAAUCCGACCAGUAAACUGCGCUACAUCCUGCGAGACGCUCGGUUCUUCCUCAUAAAGAGCAACAACCACGAGAACGUCUCUCUGGCUAAAGCUAAGGGCGUGUGGUCGACGCUGCCGGUGAACGAGAAGAAGCUGAACGCGGCGUUCCGCUCGGCGCGAAGCGUCGUCCUCGUCUUCUCGGUGAGGGAGAGCGGGAAGUUCCAAGGUUUUGCCCGUUUGGCUUCAGAGUCUCACCACGGCGGCUCUCCGAUCCACUGGGUUCUUCCUGCCGGCAUGAACGCCAAGAUGCUGGGCGGCGUCUUCAAGAUCGACUGGCUCUGCAGGAGGGACCUCCCCUUCACGAAGACGGCUCACCUGUCCAACCCCUGGAACGAACACAAGCCUGUGAAGAUUGGACGCGACGGACAGGAGAUCCAGCCCGACAUCGGCGCCCAGCUCUGCGCCCUGUUCCCAUUGGACGAGAGCGUGGACAUCCACCAGGUGGCUCGCCGAGUUCGUCACAAGCGCCGGACGCCGUCGGAGCCGCGGCCCCGAGGCCGACCGCCGCAGCGCGAGCCGGGAAGGCGUCGCCCUGAAGAAUACGACCUCCAUGGCAGGAAGCGGCCGCGGGCCGACGGUCCGCCGGACUUCAACCAGCGAGCAGGGUUCAUCCAGGACCUUCGUAACCAGCCGGUGGACAGACGAUUCUCCGGCAUGAGACGAGAUGUUUUUCUCAACGGGUCGUAUAACGACUACAUGAGGGACUACCAUCACAGCGUCGGCCCCCCCGCCCCCUGGCAGACUCUGCAGGCAGCAUACCCGGGCGUGGAGCAGCCGCCCCCCCACCACCCCCCCUACUACCACCACAGCCACCCCCCGCCCCCCCCACACCAGGCCUACCACCACCACCCGCUGCCCCCCCACGAGGCCCCGCCCCCUCGCUUCAGAGACAAGCAGCGGGCGCCCCCCCACCGCGCCUUCCCCUCCAGCCCGCACGACUACGACAUGCGCGUGGACGACUUCCUGCGGCGGACGCAGGCGGUGGUGAGCAGCCGGCGGGAGCGCGAGCGGCAGCGUGAGCGUGAGCGAGGCGGGCCGCGGCGAGAGAGAGAGCGAGAGCGAGGGAGAGACCGAGACCGAGAGAGAGACCGAGACAAGGAGAGGGGCCGCUACCGCCGCUGAGCUCCGGCAUCGGCCCGGGCUUUUAUUCUGAAACUCAGCUGGUUUCCUGUUAUUAUUUUUAUUUUAUUUUUUUUUUUUUUGAGAAUUAUGAAUAAAAAACUAAACGAGCUGCGUGAUGACAUCAUCCGUUUUUAUGUGAAUAAAACCGUAAAAAUAAAGAUUCUGUGGAAACGUUUCUUUUGAUGAUCAACCGUCACAUUUCAUUACCCAGAAUCCUCUCUGUUCGGCGUCCGUUCCCCAACGCGAGGGGCGGGGCCUCUGAGGGGUUGCCACGGUGACUGAGUCAUUUUGUUUCUUUAGUUAUUGCUUCUCUUAUUGUGAAAAGUUGGACAGUUUCCUGUAGAGUCCUUCAAAAUAAAUGAGGCGAGAAAAUCUUUUAAAACCUGUGAAGAAGAAAAAGAAGAAACUUCCUGAUUUUUUUUUUUUUUCUCUUUUAUAAGUUUUUAAACAUUUUUUUCUCUAUGUUAAAAAUGAAUUUAUUUUCAGGUUUAUUUUGUAUUUUACUUCCUGAACGUCAGUGUUUUUGUGUUUAAGGCUGAUAUAUUUUUGCUCCUCUGUGAUUGGUUGUUUGCAGUCAGCUGAUCUGUGUUAGCGUUAACGUCUGUUUCCUGUUUCUGAACCAAAGGGGGCGGGGCUUGUGUCUGUUUUUUACAAAAUAAAAAAAUGUACAAUCAUCAA